UGUUUUUGUUUAUAGCGCCAAAAAUAAAAAGUGCACAGGUGAUCAAAUACCACCAAAAGAAAGCUCUAUUUAUGUGAAAAAAGGACGUAAAUUUCGUUUGGGUACAGCAUUGCAUGACCGCGCAAUUAUCAGUUGAAUUAGUGCAGUGCCGAGUAGCAAAAAGAGGCCUGGUCAUUAAGGGGGGUAAAUCCUCAGGAGUGAAAGUGGUUAAGAUACAUCAAAAUGUAUCAUCAUGUUUACAUGCAAUCAAUAUAAUAUACAGUAUGGAGAGCUUAUUCAGACAUGUGCGGUGUGGAUUG